CUAUCAGAUACAUUACGCACCGACCACGGCACUCCCGCGUAUAAACAUACUUAGGUUAAAACAAAUGAACACAGUGAACAUGAGUAAAUCCAUAGUGCUUGUAGUCAUAACUUUAAUUUGUGCCGUGAGUGAAGGCGUGGUUUUCUCCAGCCUGCCGGAGCACCUCCUACCAUGUUACCGCGGCGGCGGGCCAGCCCUCGGGGCGCCGCGGCGGCUCGACGUCUUUCUGUCCCUGUUGAAGAAGCUAGAGGUCAACCAGGCACUGGAUAUGAGACUGUUCAGUACUUCGUUGCUUAGAAGCUUUCGCCUAGACGGUAUAGAAGAAGCUGCGAACGCUGUGGAAACAGAGUUCGUCACCCCUUACCGAGCCUCCGGUUUCCAGUUCAACAAGUACAAACUCCUAAUGGACUUGUUUCUGCCGACUCAGAACCUCUUGGACCCGGAGGUCCUGUCGGUUGAGGAGAAGUGUCUGCUCCACGUGAUGUUGAGUGGGUCGGUGCGGCGUUGGGAGAGGGGAGACGAGGACAGAGUCUGUCCUUUAGCGAGUGAGCAGAUGCAGCAUUUGGCGCUAAAUGAGAGCAGAGUGAUCAGCAGAUGCCCGAUAGAAGUGGGCGUGAUAAAGACUGAUUGGGGCUCCAUAUCGGCGGGUACUCUCGUGGCGGCCGUGGCCGCAGCCCUAGAGCCGCAGCGGGUGGCGGUCGCGGACAUCCUGAACGCGGACGUGUACAAGGCCGACGUGGCCGAGCCGCUCAUGGUGGAAGCUAAGGAGUGGUACGCGGAUAUAGAGACGCUAAAUGUCGAUGAGAAGAGGGAUGUGGCUGAUAUUAGUAAUUUGUAUGUGGCUACUUUAGCAGGUGAUUUAGCAGAGGUAGUAGUAAACCAAGGCCCCCGAGUGGGCUCGGUGUCGCAGCGUCUGGUGGUCGGCACCAACAACCGCUGGAACGACACGAUGCUGCCUCGGAACUACUACAUGUAUCCGCAGAACAGCUCUGUCGUGGAUUGGCAAAUCACCGAUGCUGAAAUAUUGGCUGGCAUCGAUGGUUUAAUAUUAGCAAGCUACUUACCCACAUGGAUUUCUCAAAGGAACUCCCUUCGGCUCUCCCAAGUGCUCGACAUGUAUUACUCCGACGCGGGCGUGUCGUUCGAGCCACGAGUGAAGGCGUGCAACCGUCAGUCGCUGUUCAAAACCAUCGUGGACAGCGGCACUAUAGCUACGGAAACUUCUCGGUUUGCGCAUGUGCUGUAUCUCACUCAGGGCGGAGUGUACAUUCCCGUGGAGAAGAUGAAUCGGAUCAGUGAUGCCGCUGUUUCUGCUUUUACUGAAUACCUUACUACACUUUUUAGCCAAUAUAACAGAGAAUGUAAAGGCCCGAGCAGUGUUCCUCAGAUGAAUCUCGUGAUCGCGACGGAUGCUGCGUGGAAACAAUACGAUGUCGAACAAUUUGUCUCAUGGGUGGGAGGCGCACUGGAGUUAGAUUUAGAACGCAGCACGUUAGGGUUGGUGCACGGGAACACCGGCCGAUGGAUCGCUCCUCCGGCACACAACCUGACCACUGUGUUCACACACAUUAGCAACUUCACUGACGAUUGGCCAAAUCGCAUGAACAUCCCAAACGUAAUUUCAACUAUGAUCCAGCAUGGACAAAACCAGUCCAUCCUUGAGCAGAACAGCAGCGCUGCCUUAAGCACAGUGGUCCUCAUAGUCAGUCCAAGCGAUCGUCCGUCUGCCAACGAUGUCGAAGGGGCCAGGGAACUGAUGAACUCCUUGAGGAGAUCCUUCUUCGAUAUAUACUUCGCUUACGUUGCGUUGGACUUGGUGCCGUUUCAGAAUAUCAAUAAAGAGUAUAUGGAUUAUUCUGAGAUAUUUUUACAGACAGAAUCGUCAACCGUCAUGGAUAUAGUAAAUGCUGUUGAUCUCUACUUGAAGGAGAAUGACCUCCCGACCAGAAUCAUCGGCGCCCAAUGCCCGUACAACGACACCGUCUUUGACUUGGUCCCGUACGAGGAUUUCGUGUUGGCGCCAGGCGUAAAACGGUCAUAUCGCAUACAUCCGUUUUUUUUGAGGGAGCAAUCGUUGAUCAAUGUACAGUUUCGUAAUCAAGGUCACGGAGAACUUUUGGUUUGUAGUUGGCGUGGUGCAGAAGCGUCACGUAGCUGCCAAACUAUUCCUCAAAGAAAUCUGCACACAUUUAAUGUCACUACACCUUGUCCGUCGAUAGACUUCUGCAUUCCAGUAAAUUUCGAAGUAAGCGCGUCGGCUACAGAAAAUUUUUGCGCAAAUAACGAUUGCCGCUUUCCAAACCAAGUGGGUUAUUAUAUACAGCAUUCAGGCUUGCGGUGUCUGCCUCUACGUGGAUCCGCGUCAAGAAUUUCUCUUCAUUGGAAACUGCAAUUAUUUAUUUAUUUUAUAAUUGUAUGUGUUUAUGGACUGUAAGGACUCUGUUAAGGCUUUGUGAAUAAAAUAUUUUAGAUCUG